AACCACGAACCGUGAGAUCAUGGCCUGAGCGGAAGUCGGAUGGUAACCGACUGAGCCACCCAGGCGCCCUUGUACCACCUUUCCUAACCAAGCCGGACUCAUCAGCUUCCUAUGGCCAAAGUUGUUCUAAUUUGGAAAAAUCCCAGCCCUGUUCACAGUAGCUCUUCUGUACCGAGGCUCGUGCAUCGCUCACCGCUGGGAAGACAAGCCACACAAAUCAGGAGGUAAGGAUGCAUUUCUCACUCACGUGUUCACAGGUGGAGGUCCAGACUUUUUAUUACUUCUCCUAACAACUGUCCUUUCUGACAGUUGCCAUUUGGAGUUCCGAUCAGGUAAAGUCCCUACACAUAACUAUUUUUAAAAGAUUGUCUUAUAAAUUUGAAGAGUGUUAUAUAUCAUACGUGUAAUUUCUUCAGUGUAUCCAAGUGUUUUCCUGAUAUAUGGUAUCAACUGCAACUCACACUUUGAUUUAUGAGUCCUAGUCGAUAAAUUUUUUUUUGUUUUUGCUAAAUGCUUUCCCCUCUGUAUUCUAUAUUCCAUUUAAAAGCCCUUGCAAACUCCAACACACAGUGUCCUCAGUAUUUCUGUCAAACACCUUUACCUUUAGAUGAGCUAUUUCCUUACAUACGCACAUACCCUAAGUGCAUCUAAAUCAUGUUUCACACGGUGGUAGGUGUUUAAUGUAACGGUGUAAUCGUUACAUAAAUUGCUAUGUAACAUCGCGGUUAGUGUGAAACACCAGGAUGUCACUUGUCGGCAAAUCAGACACGCGACAGGACGUCUCUGCCUGCACAGGCACAUCUGAGACUCCCCAAUGCAGCAUGCCACCCUGUGCUAAGCAAGAAGAGAGUCAACGAAGCGUGCAGUCCGUGACAGGGGCUCAGCUGGGACUCAGCGCGGGAAGAGAAGCCCAGGACAAGAUGGUACCUGCUACACAGCUGGGUUUCAACCUGCAGCCCCUGCUGGAACAGCUCAGCCAGGAUGAGUUGAGGGAGUUUAAGUCCCUGUUGGGGCCCCUUUCCCUGCAAGAUGAGUCCCAGCACAUCCCUCUGGCAGAGGUGGAGGAAGCCGAUGGGAAGCAGCUGGCAGAAAUUCUCAUCAACUGCUGUCCCAGCCACUGGGUGGAGACGGUGACCAUCCAGGUUUUUGACAAGAUGAACCGAACAGAUCUGUCUGAGAAAGCAAAGGAUGAGCUCGGGGGGACCACCAGAACUCCAGAAACAAAACGUGCAAACGUGGAUGAGACGCAACAGCAUGCAGGAGAAGAGGACUCAGCGCUUGCACAAGUACUGGGAGAAGAUGUCACAAACCCAGAAGAAGCAAAGGAAGGUCUGAAAGGAGAAGAACCAGGUCAACAGGAUGAAUGCAGAAGUGUGUUAGAAGAGGAGGGAUGGCAAAGCUGGAAGGAGAACUUUGGGCCAGGAGCCAGUGAAAACAUCCACACCUUCACCCAGAGAUGCGAGACACUUGUCCCGUCCUGUAAUCCUAAAAUGUUUGCAGGGUCAUUUGCACAGACGGUGGUGCUGCACGGCCCGGCGGGCGUCGGGAAGACCACGCUGGCCCGGAAGUGCAUGCUGGACUGGACGCGGGAAGGCCCGGCGCUGGCCCAACCCGCCGCCUGCUUUCUCAGCUGCAAGGCGCUCGGCCGCAGGGGGCCCUGCACGCUGGCGGAGCUGCUGUCCGAGGGCGCCCCGGACCCGUCCCAGAAUGAUGAAAACGUGCUGUCUUUCUGGAUGGACCUUUGUUCUGUGUUCGACUCCAGCAAGAAUCUGGUGUUUCUAGACAUCAAUCAGACCUUCCUGAGUACCUCCUCAGUGAGGAUUCUUUGUGAGAAAAUCGCCUCUGCUACCCAUAAUCUUCAGAAAGUGGUCCUCAGAAAUGUUUCCCCGGUGGGGGCUUAUCGGGAUUUCUGCGCUGUCGUUGGAGGUCACGAGACACUAACCCAUCUGACCCUCCAAGGAAAUGACCAGGACGAUCUGCUUCCCGUGUUGUGUGACAUCUUGAGACGCCCCACGUGCCAUCUGCAAUGCCUCAGGUUGGUAUCUUGUCCCGCCACUACUCAGCAAUGGGCCUGUCUCUCCGGCUCCCUCGAGGUCAACCAGUCCCUCACAUGCCUGAACCUCACGGCCAGUGAGCUUGCGGACGAGAGCGCCAGGCUGCUGUGCGUGGCCCUGAGACACCCCAAGUGCCCCCUGCAGAGGCUGUCCCUGGAGAACUGCCACCUCACCGAAGCCUGCUGCAAGGAGCUCUCGUCGGCUUUGGUCGUCAACCGGAGGCUGACGCACCUGUGCCUGGCCAAGAACGCGCUCGGGAACGGCGGGGUCAGGCUGCUGUGCGAGGGCUUGAGUGACCCCGACUGUCAGCUGCAGACGCUGGUGCUCUGGUACUGCAGCAUCACCAGCGGCGGCUGCCACCAUCUGUCAGCCCUCCUCCAGCAGAACUGCAGCCUCAUGCACCUGGAUCUGGGGCUGAAUCACAUAGGAGUUACCGGGCUCAAGUUCCUGUGUGAGGCCUUGAAGAAGCCGGUGUGUAACCUCAAACGUCUGUGGUUGUGGGGAUGCGCCAUCACCCCAUUCAGCUGUGAGAUCCUCGCGUCUGCCCUCAGCAGCAACCGGAGCCUGAUCAGUCUGGACCUGGGCCAGAACUCCUUGGGCUAUAGCGGAGUGAAGACGCUCUGCGAUGCCUUGAGACUCCAGAGUCCCUUCCACCGGACGCUCAGGUUGAGGAUCGAUGAAUCUGACCCUCGAAUCCAGAAGCUGCUGAAAGAAAUCCAAGAAAGUGACUCACAACUGACCAUUGAGAGUGAUACGCAAGAUCCAACCAAUAACAGACCUUCUUCCCAGGACAUUUUCUGAAUCCCCCGGAGUUCCUCGUUCUCCAGUAAAGUCUGAGAUUCUCAAGGUGUGCGGGGAGCUCCUCUGAGCCCUCUUAGUGAUGUAGGUACUGGGCCAGAUGGUUUUUUCAGCCUUGGGGGUGCCUUUGGCUUCCAUAAAACAUGCACAACUGACUGACUGACCUCCGUUAUGGGCGGAAUGUCUGUGUCUCGAGUCUAUCAAGAAAAAUAAAGGUGAAAGCAUUCAUGAAGGA